ACUAUUUUGGUAAAACCCAAAACCCUACAUGGUGGUUAGUUUGCCCAUUUCAUUAUCUGCUGCUUCUCCCCUCUUCUUUUUUGGCACAAAAUUACAGACAAAGCAUGCAGAUUACAGAGCUCACUCUUCCAACUCCAUUUUUCUGCAACUCCGGCACCGCCGCUCACGCUCCGACAUCGCCGGCGGCAGUCCCACUCUGCUAGCUUGUACAACUCCCACCCAUUUUUCUACUUUUGGUUUCUGCACUUCAGCUGCUUCUAGAAAAUGGUGGCGAAAUUUCUAUGAUUUUCUGCGAUUUUGAGAAGUUGGAGAGGAAGGGAAAGAUGAUGGAGAAGAUCAAGAAGAAAACGCAAUUGCAGGUGGAAGCCCUCGAGAGCUUCUACUCUGAGGAGAAGUAUCCAUCACGAACGACAAUGGAAUGCCAUGCUGCUGCGUUCGGAUUGACUUACAAGCAGGUUCGGGGUUGGUUUGUGGAGAAGAGGCGGAGAGAGAAGCGAGGAAAUAGAACCAGUGAGUUGGGAGCGGGUGCUACAAGGAUAGAUAAACACGGCCCCUCAAGAACAAAAGCUCCUCCAUCGUCGAGAUACAUGAAAACAAGUUUGCUUACUAAGAAGGAAAGAACGAAAUGGAAUCAUAUUCAGGAAUUGUUAACUCCAGACUACAUUCUAAAGAAGGUGUUCCGUAAGGAUGGUCCUCCGCUUGGUGUGGAAUUUGACUCUCUUCCCUCUGGGGCACUUUGCCAUUCUCCACAUUCCCCAAAUUUUCUUUCCCCUUGCAAAGAGAACGACAGAGCAACUAAAAGGAGAAAGGUUAUCAAGCAUGCUGUAAUUAAUCAUCACGAUUGCAACACGAGUGCUCUGGUUAAAAAACAUGGUGUUGGGAAAGGUUUUAUGAUGAAUCAUCAGGAUUGCAACAAGAGUGCUCCAGUACAAAAACAUGGUGUUGGGAAAGGUUUGAUAACGAAUCAUCAGGAUUGCAACAAGCGUGCUCCAGUACAAAAACAUGGUGUUGGGAAAGGUUUGAUGACGGUUUGGCAGGCAACCAAUCCUAAUGCUAGGGAUUUUCCUAUUGAAAUGGGUUUGGCCAAUGGUGAAGUUGCCAGUGUGUCACUAAUUCGAACAUCUGUAUUGCAAAAACCAGUAACUCAGAACAGAAGAUUGCAACCAAAAAAAUGUGGUCCUAAACAGGGAUGGGUACGAAAUAAGUUACAAGAAAAGAGGAAGCGUUUAGCCAAAAGAAGAGAGAUGGAAGCUAACAAUGAGAACCAGAAGUUUCCAGGCAAAGAAAAAUGUGAACUUGCUUUGGAAGGAACAGGUUCCCAAGAACAUUCGGAUAAGAUUGCAAUGCUUGUGGAUGAUGAGGAGCUGGAGCAAAGGGAAUUACAAGCAAGACCAAAUUCACUGGGGUGCUCAGAUCAUUUUACUAAUGGAGAUCAUGCAUGCUUACUUUGCAAAGAUUUGCUGGCCAAGUUUCCUCCAAAUUCUGUUAAGAUGAAGCUACCAUUUGAUAUGCAACCUUGGGAUUCUUCUCCAGAGAUUGUCAAGAAACUGUUCAAGGUUUUCCAUUUCCUUUAUACGUAUGCCAUUAUGGUAGAUAUAAACUCCUUCACUAUUGACGAGUUUGCUCAAGCAUUUCAUGACAAGGAUUCCAUGCUACUUGGGAAAAUUCACGUGGCCCUUCUGAAGCUUCUUCUAACUAAUGUUGAAGCAGAGCUUUCCUGUGGAUCCAUACCUCAUUUGAGCAAAUCAUGCAAUUUUCUUGCAUUUAUUCACUCGGUUGAAAACCACGAAUCCACUCUGCAAUUCUGGAAGAGAUCUCUAAACCCUUUAACAUGGACAGAAAUACUGCGCCAAGUACUAGUUGCAGCUGGUUUUGGUUCAAAGCAAGGUGCAAUGCGAAGGGACACCCUUAGCAAGGAAAUGAGCCUUAUGGUGAAGUAUGGUUUACGUCCUGGUACUUUGAAGGGCGAAUUGUUUAGAGUUCUGCUAGAGCAAGGAAUUCAUGGGUUGAAAGUUUCUGAGUUGGCAAAGUCAUUACAGAUUUCUGAAUUGAACCUUUCCAGCGAAAUAGAGGAACUAGAGUCUUUAAUUUGUUCAACUCUUUCAAGUGAUAUUACAUUAUUUGAGAAAAUUUCCUCAUCCACAUAUCGUGUCCGUAUUAAUUCUUCGGGAAAGGAAGUUGAGGAAUCCCAAUCAGAUACCGAAGACUCUGGAGCAGUUGAUGACGAGUUUUGUGACAGUGGUACAUGUAGCAGUGAUGAUGAUUCUGGCUGGAAUUCAAGAAAUUCCAGAAUUAGGAAACUGACUUAUACGAACAAUGGUAGAAAUAAAGAUAGCAUGCUGACAGUACACACUGAAAUCGAUGAGAGUCAUCCAGGUGAAGUAUGGUUGUUAGGACUGAUGGAAGGCGAAUAUUCAGAUUUAAGCAUUGAAGAAAAGGUGAAUGCAAUUGUAGCUCUAAUUGAUCUUCUUAGUGCAGGAUCCAGUUUCAGGAUGGAGGAUCCUACAAAUGCUGUUGCUGAAUGCAUUCCUAGCAGCCUUCAUUCUGGUUCAGGAGGAAAAAUUAAGAGGUUAUCCGCUAACCAACAUAGUGAUCCAAGGACAACCUGGGUCCAUGCAGGACAGAUGAGUCAUGCAACAGAAGAUAAUACAUUAAAUUUUCACCCAAUAGAUUCUUCAGCAACAAUCUCAAAGUUUUCUGAAGAGAGAUCCUCCACAGAAGGAAAAAAUGGAAAAGAAAAAGAAGUGCAGUUUGACUUACACCCAAUGCAAUCUGUGUUUUUGGGUUCUGAUCGUAGAUACAAUAGAUACUGGCUUUUCUUGGGCCCUUGUAAUGCGUAUGACCGAGGCCAUGGAAGGGUUUACUUUGAAUCUUCAGAAGAUGGUCACUGGCAGGUUAUUGAUACUGAAGAGGCUUUGUGUGCCUUGUUGUCAGUUUUGGAUGACAGGGGUAAACGAGAGGCUGUUCUUAUCGAAUCUGUGGAGAAACGAAUAUCGUUUCUCUGCCAGGCAAUGUCAAGUAGAAUGGUAACUAGUGGUAGAAUUGACAACUUGGCGCAGUCUGAUCAACCUGUGCUGGAUAACGUUAGAGAAGAUACUUAUUCACCUGUAUCUGAGGUAGACAACUUAUCUGGAACUGCAAAUGAUUCUCCAUCUUCAUCUGGAGCUGUGGUUCUUGAAGUUAGGAAAAAGGGAGAAGAACUGAAACAGAAAUGGAAACGGAUCCAAGCAUUUGAUUCAUGGUUAUGGAAUUUCUUUUACCUGGAACUUAAUGCUGUUAAACUUGGUAAACGAUCCUAUUUUGAUACACUUCAUAGAUGUGAAAGUUGUCAUGAUUUGUAUUGGAGAGAUGAAAAGCACUGCAGAAUUUGCCAUACAACAUUUGAGCUUCAUUUUGAUAUGGAAGAACGGUAUGCCAUACAUGUAGCCACAUGUAAGGAGAAAGAAGCAAGUGAUACUUUUCCUGAGCAUAAGGUCCUCUCAUCACAGAUUCAAUCACUAAAAGCUGCAGUGCAUGCAAUUGAGUCAGGCAUGCCUGAAGAUGCUUUGCUGGGUGCUUGGAAAAAAUCUGCUCAUAAGUUAUGGGUGAAACGGCUCAGACGUACCUCAUCUUUGUCUGAGCUCUUGCAGGUUCUUGCAGACUUUGUGGGUGCCAUCAAUGAGGACCGCCUGUAUGAAUGCAAUAUUGUGCAAGGUUCUUGUAAUUUUGCUGAAGAACUCAUUGCGUCCUUUGCAUGUAUGCCGCACACAUCAUCUGCAGUUGCACUUUGGUUGGUAAAAUUAGAUGCCUUAAUUUCUCCGUUCUUGGAAAGAGCCCAUUCUGAGAAAAGGAAAGAAAUUAGUAUCAGAGGGAAGCAUGCUCCAAAGCAAUAGCCCCGCCUUUUUUCAGGAGAUUAUGCAAAUGCAAAUUCAACCCCGCAUUUUUUGACAGAUUGAGGAGCAUUUAUGUAUCCACUGUACUUGCUCUAGGACAACCACUGCCAGAUUGGUAACAUUGUUGCAGGCUACCAAUCAUGGUACUUCCUAUGAAGCCUGGCUUUUAAGUUCUCUUUUGUUGCCAUGCACGGCUAUAUCGAGUCAUUAGAUGUUCAGCAUUACGGAAACUUGCACAUUGAAUCCAUCCAAGUUUAUAUCACGGAACCUUCCUCCGGAAUAUUGCCGCUGUCUUUGUGGAAGAUUCAGAUUUUGUCCAUGCGUGCUUGUUCCUAGUUUAUGAAAAGAGGAAUAAAAUAUCACCAAUGUACAUUGCUGUAAAGGAAACAAAAUAUUUUUAGUUUAUUUACAUUUUAGUGGAAGUUUAGAAGAGUUGAAAGUGAUCUUUAUGAUAUUCUUUUGUAUGCAAUUGUAGGUGAAUAGUAUGCCAAGCAAUCCACUUUGCUGCCAAAAGCUUGUUGGUUUGGUGGAA